GAUAUAUAACAGCAGGGGCGGUGCAGGACUGACUGCUCUCUCAGGACUCACUGACACUGACAGCACUUUCUGCUCCUCUCAGGUCAGUCAGCAAGCUGUGGACAUCUAACUGCAUACAACAUUCAUUUUGGAAUAUGAUCACCUUUCGACUGGGACUUGUUUUCCUUCACUGUGUUGUCUUUCUCCAGCUAAGUGGCUGCACAUCCCAGGAUGAGAGUAUGAACCCUCCAGCUGAAGUGCACACUACAGACAAUCAAACCAAAACGGACGAAGAUCUUCUGGAAAGUUAUGAAGACGACAUGUCCGUUGAAUAUGAGGACUAUCCCAGAGUUGCAUUUUCCACAAAGCCUAAAGAUUCCUCAAUGACUACAGUGAAAGGUCAAGAGAAGGCUAGGGUUAGGAAGAAGAACCCCUGCAUGAGGAAAAAAUACAGAAAUUAUUGCGUUCAUGGAAUUUGCCAGUACCUGGCGGACCUAAAUCGCACCUCUUGCACAUGUAAUGCAGGAUACUCAGGCGACCGCUGCCACCUGUUCAUCCUGCCUGUUGGCAGAGAUGCUGAAGGCAAAAGUCACACCACAGCUCUGGCUGUAAUGGCAGUGAUUCUGUCCUUAAUAUGUCUCACCGUCAUUGGCAUUUUACUAGCCUUAAGAUGUCAAAAAAAGGCAGACAGUUGUAUGGACGAGAAGAUCAGACUUCAGCCACUGCAGAGUAAUAAAGAAAAAGCAAAAGUCGCAAAUCAAAGGGUCAUUGGACAUGAUGGUUACCACCUGGAGACAUCCUGUCAGUGCUGAAGAGGAAUGCUGUAGUAUCCAAAGCAUCAAAUGUCUCCGAAGGACAACUUGAAGGAAAUUAUGAACAUUGAUUUAAAGAUUGUAGAACAUGUCUAUGGGUCUGUGUAGCUCCAAAACAUACAGAGCAUAGCAAAGAAAGUCAGUGAAUGUAGUUGCAUCAUAUUUGUUAAAUGUUUGAACUUAUUAUUUAUUUAUUUUUAAAUGAUACUUGAGCUCAAUAAGGUCAGUCAUGUUGGUGUAUUUAUUUCAAUAUUAACUAUUUAUUUUGUCAUGUAAUAAUUAUGUAUGUUUACUGAAUGCACUGCUAAUUUGUCACAUCCAGUGCAGUCUGUAAGCAAUUAAAUGGUGAUGUAUUGUUGGUGGUUUUGCCUCUGUACUCUAACAUGCUGGAUGUGAAAUGAAACAAUGAGUGUCAGCUUGAAGAACAUAAUAUCUUCAUUAGUUUUGCAUUAACAGGCUUGAGACAGCAUCAUCAAGGAUACGAUAUCUAAAUAGAGUCUUCUUAUUUACGAUCCCUCCACAGUAGAGGUCUGUGUAGAGGAUUGUGUAUUAAGCAUUAUAGAAUUUAAAACAUAGUUUCAUUAUAUAUUAUACGUCAUAAUCAUUGUCUCGUUUAAAUUUGGAGUACAGAGACAUAACUAAAAAAAUUAAUCACUGAUCAUUAACGUAUUUUAAAAUGUUUUUAGAUAUUUAUUAUUAUAUAACCAACAAACAUUCUGGAAGAAUGGAUUUUAUGGAAUAUUUGUUGUAUACAAACUAUUGGUCAUUUGAAUUCAGUAUAAUAUUUUGCUAAUUAUUCUUGAAAACUAUUUGAUGAUUUUUAGGAUACUGUGAAAAAAUGGAGCGCAAUUAAAGAUAAUUGGUUGUA